AUGGGAGGUGUGUUCGCUAAACUUUUCUCUGGUCUUUUUGGCAAGAAAGAAAUGAGAAUUCUCAUGGUUGGUCUUGAUGCUGCCGGGAAAACGACGAUUCUUUACAAGUUGAAGCUUGGUGAAAUUGUCACUACCAUUCCAACAAUUGGUAAGCUCUUCUGCUCUCCGUUUUUUAGACACCAUGUCGUUUUAUCGUAUUUAUUUUAUCUACUACUCUAUGUUAGUAACGUAACGACGUUCAAAAUUUUUGUUUUUAGGUUUCAACGUAGAAACAGUUGAAUACAAGAACAUUAGUUUUACUGUAUGGGAUGUCGGAGGCCAAGACAAAAUCAGGCCGCUUUGGCGACACUACUUCCAAAACACCCAAGGUAUAUUUUCCGAAUUGCUUUCGUAUUGUUGUAUAGUAACUUUUAUUUCUUCUUCUUCUUCUAAAGCUUUAACUCCUAGAGUGUUUAAACUGUAUUCAUAACCUGUUCUAUAGGUCUAAUCUUUGUCGUGGAUAGCAAUGAUCGAGAGCGGGCCACUGAGGCGAAAGACGAAUUGGUGAAGAUGUUGAGUGAAGACGAACUCAGGGAUGCUGUUGUCCUUGUUUUUGCAAAUAAACAGGUAAAUAACAAGUCAUAGCUACAGAAAUGGUGUAAAACCUUGGUUUUUUGGUAGCUCCUGUCGAAAAAUUUGCUUUUAACUUAAUCUCAUACUAAUAUAUACGACACAAGUCGGUUACAAGCAAACUUGCUGCACAGGUUUACCAUCCUCUGUGGACCCUGUGUAGUUAUAAAAGUGGGGACCUUAAGAUACACAGUUUCUACCUGCGGGUACGUGUAGACGAACAUGUUUACACAGUUUACCUGUCGGUACGAGUAGCAAAACAUGUUUGCCAUGUUGUUAUACAAGAGGAGACCAUGAUUUCCCAGAUGUGAUAUCAGCAUCACCUUUCUACCCAGAUGCCUAAUCGUUUCUCUGGGAUAAGAGGCAGUCUACCCACAUUAACGGCUACACAAACCCAUACCUGUACACAGAAAUGAUGUAUCUUAAGGUCCCUACUAAUAGACCUUCAGAUUCACGACGGGUAUGAGAUUUAACUUUAACUUUCAUCACAUAUUCUGAAAAUAUAUCCCCAGAAAGCUAUAGAAAUUGUACUCUUUUUUUACCAGAAAAGUUCACACAGUUAUUUUUAUUGAAGGAGGUUAAGCCCUCUCCCAAUUGCAAAUUGAGAAACCUUUUAAAGUUUCGCUAACAUGGCUAUCAUGUUUUUCCACCAAAAUGAUGCUGGCCCAUGCACGCACACUACUGAGCAUUAAGAAAAUCUUAUUCUUGUAUUAAUUUGUCCUCAUCUUAGAAUGUGAAGGUCUAAAAAAGAUUCCAUGUUGCUGUGCUUCUGUUCAGUAACACAGUGCAGAUGAUGUCAAUUUGUAUAAAGAACUCUGAAAGUGGCACAUUAGCCAUGUGCAGGAGAUUGUGUCACUGAUACUCUUACGUAUACCAAGUCUUCUGUGUUCUAUUAGGAUGUUUUAUCAUCAGAACGGGAACAUGACUUGACGACGGCGCGUGCAAAUCAAACAACUGGCUUGACCAAUGGCAGAGCGGUAAAUUGAGCACUGGAAGUCAUGUUUCGUCCUUUUCGUGUGCUUUCCGGUCAUCAACUGAUGUUCCCUUCCUUUUGCUAAAUCAGCCUAUUACUGAACAGAUGCACAGUAACACAAAAAAGAAAACAUGUGACAAACAUGGUGAAUUUUAAGCCUGGUCUAUACAUGAGAGAGAUGAUUUAGUGGUAUUCUAUUAGCCUGAAAUAGCACUGACCUCGGGAAAGUUGCUUACUUUACUUGAAUUGAGCAAUUUUUUUACGAAUUACACGACUUUCCUUAAUGUUUUUGAUGUCUUUAAGAUAUUGUAUGUCACUUCUACAAAAGUAAUAAAGGCAAGCCUAUGGAUGGAAACUUAAAAUAAUUGUAUAGAAGUAAGACGUCUGUAGGUUGAAAGAAUAAUACAAUAAUGCAAAGCAGUUAUCCAAAACUUGUCGAUUGAAUCUAUCCAAACAUUGAUGAAAGUAACUCCAGAGGAUGUAUGUUUUUCAGGAUCCCCCUCCUAUUUGGAUUUCCAGAGCCAUUAAACUCCUCCUCUUAUGAGAUUUUCCAGCAUGCCUUCUGUUGGGGGAGUGUGGAUUUUUUCUGGAAUAACCCAUUUUACGAAAUAAAAUUUGGGGAUUUUAUUGAAUUUUGACUUCAGUUGACUGUUCUGCGGGUAAGAGGCCAGGGCUUCUACAGUGUAGGUGGUGUCAUUAGAUCUUUUUUAUACAGCAUGUCAUUAUGUUUUUCAGGAUUUGCCGAAUGCCAUGAAUGCUGCUGAAGUAACUGAUAAGUUAGGCCUGCACAGCUUACGAAAUCGUCAAUGGUACAUUCAAGCAACUUGUGCAACAAGUGGUGAUGGUUUAUAUGAAGGACUCGAUUGGCUUUCUACUCAGCUGAAAAAUAGGAAGUAACGUAAGUUUUCUAACAUGUGCGCUCUCUAACCUUCUUUGUGGGAAAAACAGAGAAAUCCUACAAAAGAAUUCCUUUGAGUUUGUGAUGCAGCAGGUCCAUAUACUUGUAGUAGUAUUAAGCUUAAGUUUUCAAAUUGAUGAAACUCCUUUGGCAUUUCUGACUGACCAGAGGCAUUUUAAUGCAUAAAAUGUAGUCUUAAAUUUUUAAAAAUGAAAAGCCACGUCAUUGUCUAGGCAAGGGGGGUCCUUACAUUGCCCUCAACCCACAAAACUCUGAAAACUGAAAUGCUAAGAAAGUUUGCCGUUUUCUAAAAAAAUGUGGAUAAAAACUUGACAACUGACUGAAAAGAAUGAAUUUCAUGUCAAGAAGAAGAAAAAAUUUUCAUAGAGUGAAAACUAUUGAGGAUUUUAGUGACCAUUUUGAUAGCAACUGUAAGCGUGACGGAAAUGAGUGGGUUAUACAGCAUUCUGCAAUGAUGCGUGACAAAGGAAUCCCGGAAGUCAGAACCGGUUGAAAUCUUGCAAAGUCGGCAAGUUUAAACUUUAAAACGAGUAGCAAACGAGAUGCAAGUUCCCAGACAUCUUCCAAAUUGUUAGGGAGCAGAUUUGUCGGUAAAGAUAGUCACUCUAGUCUUGUCUCUAACGAACACGACGUUAACGUCAUUAUUAUAAACUUCCUCACACAUUCCUUCCGUGGAACUUGGGUGCUCUGUGCUACGUCGCUUCCUCGCCGAAUCGUUUUUCGCCGUUGAAGUACUUGAAAUUUUUAAGUCAGUGUUUUCUCCCGUCGACGAACUCUCAUCAUGGGAGGUGUGUUCGCUAAACUUUUCUCUGGUCUUUUUGGCAAGAAAGAAAUGAGAAUUCUCAUGGUUGGUCUUGAUGCUGCCGGGAAAACGACGAUUCUUUACAAGUUGAAGCUUGGUGAAAUUGUCACUACCAUUCCAACAAUUGGUAAGCUCUUCUGCUCUCCGUUUUUUAGACACCAUGUCGUUUUAUCGUAUUUAUUUUAUCUACUACUCUAUGUUAGUAACGUAACGACGUUCAAAAUUUUUGUUUUUAGGUUUCAACGUAGAAACAGUUGAAUACAAGAACAUUAGUUUUACUGUAUGGGAUGUCGGAGGCCAAGACAAAAUCAGGCCGCUUUGGCGACACUACUUCCAAAACACCCAAGGUAUAUUUUCCGAAUUGCUUUCGUAUUGUUGUAUAGUAACUUUUAUUUCUUCUUCUUCUUCUAAAGCUUUAACUCCUAGAGUGUUUAAACUGUAUUCAUAACCUGUUCUAUAGGUCUAAUCUUUGUCGUGGAUAGCAAUGAUCGAGAGCGGGCCACUGAGGCGAAAGACGAAUUGGUGAAGAUGUUGAGUGAAGACGAACUCAGGGAUGCUGUUGUCCUUGUUUUUGCAAAUAAACAGGUAAAUAACAAGUCAUAGCUACAGAAAUGGUGUAAAACCUUGGUUUUUUGGUAGCUCCUGUCGAAAAAUUUGCUUUUAACUUAAUCUCAUACUAAUAUAUACGACACAAGUCGGUUACAAGCAAACUUGCUGCACAGGUUUACCAUCCUCUGUGGACCCUGUGUAGUUAUAAAAGUGGGGACCUUAAGAUACACAGUUUCUACCUGCGGGUACGUGUAGACGAACAUGUUUACACAGUUUACCUGUCGGUACGAGUAGCAAAACAUGUUUGCCAUGUUGUUAUACAAGAGGAGACCAUGAUUUCCCAGAUGUGAUAUCAGCAUCACCUUUCUACCCAGAUGCCUAAUCGUUUCUCUGGGAUAAGAGGCAGUCUACCCACAUUAACGGCUACACAAACCCAUACCUGUACACAGAAAUGAUGUAUCUUAAGGUCCCUACUAAUAGACCUUCAGAUUCACGACGGGUAUGAGAUUUAACUUUAACUUUCAUCACAUAUUCUGAAAAUAUAUCCCCAGAAAGCUAUAGAAAUUGUACUCUUUUUUUACCAGAAAAGUUCACACAGUUAUUUUUAUUGAAGGAGGUUAAGCCCUCUCCCAAUUGCAAAUUGAGAAACCUUUUAAAGUUUCGCUAACAUGGCUAUCAUGUUUUUCCACCAAAAUGAUGCUGGCCCAUGCACGCACACUACUGAGCAUUAAGAAAAUCUUAUUCUUGUAUUAAUUUGUCCUCAUCUUAGAAUGUGAAGGUCUAAAAAAGAUUCCAUGUUGCUGUGCUUCUGUUCAGUAACACAGUGCAGAUGAUGUCAAUUUGUAUAAAGAACUCUGAAAGUGGCACAUUAGCCAUGUGCAGGAGAUUGUGUCACUGAUACUCUUACGUAUACCAAGUCUUCUGUGUUCUAUUAGGAUGUUUUAUCAUCAGAACGGGAACAUGACUUGACGACGGCGCGUGCAAAUCAAACAACUGGCUUGACCAAUGGCAGAGCGGUAAAUUGAGCACUGGAAGUCAUGUUUCGUCCUUUUCGUGUGCUUUCCGGUCAUCAACUGAUGUUCCCUUCCUUUUGCUAAAUCAGCCUAUUACUGAACAGAUGCACAGUAACACAAAAAAGAAAACAUGUGACAAACAUGGUGAAUUUUAAGCCUGGUCUAUACAUGAGAGAGAUGAUUUAGUGGUAUUCUAUUAGCCUGAAAUAGCACUGACCUCGGGAAAGUUGCUUACUUUACUUGAAUUGAGCAAUUUUUUUACGAAUUACACGACUUUCCUUAAUGUUUUUGAUGUCUUUAAGAUAUUGUAUGUCACUUCUACAAAAGUAAUAAAGGCAAGCCUAUGGAUGGAAACUUAAAAUAAUUGUAUAGAAGUAAGACGUCUGUAGGUUGAAAGAAUAAUACAAUAAUGCAAAGCAGUUAUCCAAAACUUGUCGAUUGAAUCUAUCCAAACAUUGAUGAAAGUAACUCCAGAGGAUGUAUGUUUUUCAGGAUCCCCCUCCUAUUUGGAUUUCCAGAGCCAUUAAACUCCUCCUCUUAUGAGAUUUUCCAGCAUGCCUUCUGUUGGGGGAGUGUGGAUUUUUUCUGGAAUAACCCAUUUUACGAAAUAAAAUUUGGGGAUUUUAUUGAAUUUUGACUUCAGUUGACUGUUCUGCGGGUAAGAGGCCAGGGCUUCUACAGUGUAGGUGGUGUCAUUAGAUCUUUUUUAUACAGCAUGUCAUUAUGUUUUUCAGGAUUUGCCGAAUGCCAUGAAUGCUGCUGAAGUAACUGAUAAGUUAGGCCUGCACAGCUUACGAAAUCGUCAAUGGUACAUUCAAGCAACUUGUGCAACAAGUGGUGAUGGUUUAUAUGAAGGACUCGAUUGGCUUUCUACUCAGCUGAAAAAUAGGAAGUAA